UGCCCGUUCGUCCGUUCUUGCACGUUUUCGACGUGCUACUUCGCGCCGUUCAUCGUCCUGCACCCCGGACGCCACGCCGAGAUGCUCGCGGAGCGUAUGCGGAAGAACGACGUCGACUGCUGGCUGAUCAAUGCGGGCUCGACGGGCGACCAGUACGGGACGGGUAAGCGCUGCCCGCUCAAUUACACGCGCAUGGUGGUGCACUCGGGCGAGCUUGCCAAGGCGGAGUACGAGACGUUCCGUGUCGGGACGUUCGGUCUCCAGGUCCCGACCCACAUCGAGGGCGUGCCGCGCGAGCUGUCGAGCCUCUGCUUGGCGUGGACGGACAAGGCGGCGUUUGAGAGGGAGGUGAGGAAGCUGGCGGUGAUGUUCCAGAAGGCGUUUGCGCUGUAUCCAUAG